AUGUGCGCCCCGCCUACCUCUACAGUGUGCCCCGCCUACCUCUAUAGUGUGCCCCACCUACCACUACAUUGUGCCCCGCCUAACUCUACAGUGUGCCCCGCCUACCUCUACAGUGUGCCCCACCUACCUCUACAGUGUGCCCCGCCUACCUCUACAGUGUGCCCCACCUACCACUACAGUGUGCCCCGCCUACCUCUACAGUGUGCCCCGCCUACCACUACAGUGUGCCCCGCCUACCACUACAGUGUGCCCCGCCUACCUCUACAGUGUGCCUCGCCUACCACUACAGUAUGCCCCGCCUACCACUACAGUGUGCAGAGCUUCAGAAGAUAUCACGCGAUUUGA